AUGUCCAAUACUAUUGUCGGCUCUCUGUCAAUUGACCAAUGCGUCGAUCCGAAUGGAUCUCUUGUCUUAAAAGUGCCUAUUCGUGUUCCGCCUGCUAAGCUUUCUCCCACCGUAGAGAUUUCCUAUCAUUCUGCUGUGCAUCAGCAGAGCGUUGUCGGCCACGGUUGGACCUUGGACGCAUUUGGGCUCGUCCAGCGUACUGCAGCGACUAUCGCACAGGACGGAUUUGCCGGAUUCGUCAACUAUGAUUCAAAUGAUCGUUUCACCCUCAAUGGUCAGCGAUUGAUGAAGAUCUCAAGCAACGAGUAUCGCUACGAAGUCGAACAGUGGACGAAAGUCAUCGCUGUAGGCUCUGACUCUGCGAAUCCCGAUAGCUGGAUUGAAUAUCUUCCCGACGGAACCGUUCGUGUCUAUGGUUCAACCAACGACUCCAAUGUCAAGGCUCAAGGCCAGAGUGUAACUCGAGUCUGGGCGAUUUCGGAAACCUAUGAUUCUUUUUCCAACUUUUCUUCUUUUACCUAUGCCAACGAUACAUCAACCGGAUCCUUCUACCUGUCGAGCAUCAACUUUGGCGGGAACAAAAACUUACAAAUGCCACAUCAGCGCACCCUCAGCUUCGAUUACGAGGACCGUCCUGAUAUUGAGACAGAAUAUACGGGAGGGUACCCGGUGACACUGACGAAACGUCUCUCAUCUGUCUCCGCUUCUAUCAACGAUUCUCUUGUCUACAAGCACUCUUUUGUCUAUGAUACCGCUCCCGUAACGGGAUGGAGUCGGCUCCAGAGUGUCGCUCUGUCCGACGACUCGGGAACAUUUGUCACCCCUCUUGCUUUUGAUUGGUGCGAUUCUGCACCUACAGUAUUCGAUGAUUUGACGGCACUCACACCACUCACACCCGAUGUCUCGACCUCACAAGUAUUCCCUGUCGAUGUUGCCGGUCGCGGCAGAACUGACCUCAUUCUUGCGUCAAGUCAAUACGAUUUUGGGGCCGGUUCUAACAUGCUCUGUCUUGAUGUUCACCUCGCGGAUGGAUUAGGAGGCUUCAAUCAUGCGGCGGAGAAUGGAUCAGGUUCAACCAAUCUUUUAUAUCCGACACAUAUGCUGGCUGUCGAUGCAAAUGGCGACGGUAAGACAGAUCUGCUUCAUAUUAUGAACGACUCAUCGUCUGGCGAUACUGAGCACGUUCUCACUGUGCUUCUUUCGACGGAGAAUGGUUAUGUGGCACAACAAGAAACAACCUUUGUCCCCGAUGUUCCGGACGGGCAAUACUUUUCUGGAGAUUUUGAGGGAAAUGGGAACGUCGGAGUAAUAUAUCUCUACAAUGAGUAUACAGGCGGAUCGCAGGCUUUUUCCAUUGUACAGUUCACCUGCGAUGGCACUUCUUUCCACGACCAACCACCCGUAGUGGGGCCGAAAGACAUCACCGUCGAGGGAGUGCAAGUGGUCGUCGCCGAUUUCAAUGGUGAUGGCUCGGAUGAUGUAUUCCUCAUCUCGUCGCUCUACAGUGGUGGAAAUAUCGUCUGCGAGAUAUCCUUCUUCCAGUCUCAGAAUGGCAGGCUCAAGUAUCGCGAUGACAAUCCAUUCGCAAAGAUUGGCGAAAGCAUCUCGUGGACCGAGACGACGUCGUUCCUGGCCCUCCCAGAACAAGACGGAAAGACGGGGUUGCUCGUGCUAUCUCAGAGUGGCAACGGCUACCUUCAAUACCAGACACUUCGGAGCACUGGAAAGACGCUUGCUGUCUCAGAUCAGGUCACGACGAAUGUGCUAUACGACGGAAAGAUCACGCUUGGCCGAAGCACGUCCACCAAUUCGCUCGAUAUCGUGAACGUUUUUGAGGCCAUUGACGGAACCGAAGUCUCGGUUCUUCACUUCUACAACGGCUCAUUCAUCGACAUACGCGGGGUGAAGCAGCCGCCUGGGACCACUCUCCAGGGUUACGACGUCAACUUUGCGGACACACGAGGAAUAGGCAGAGCUGACUGCUUGUUCACACUCUACGACGACUCGAAAAGUGAACUGUCGUUGUACACUCUUCCCUGCGCCGGGACUGUCUCUGCGCCCGCGGAUUUCAUUACUGGUUACAAGGGAGGUCUCGGUGCGCAGUUCUCAGUCACAUACGCCCCCUUGACAGACACCUCCGUCUACGAUGCGCCUCCAACAACCAGGGGGUCUGCCGCUCCGUACGUCAAUGCUCUGGCUCGCAUAUGGACAUCGACCGCUUUCGUGACGCCGUCGAGUGCGUCUACUCUGCCCAUCAUGGGCAAGGGCCGUUCGCAACUGGUACACUUCCCGAAAUAUGUCGUCAAGGAGAUGAGGAAUUGGGCGGCUCCUUCGACCCAACCUGACGGAUACUCUCAAUCGACCUUUUUCUAUACUAAUGGGCGAAUGUCGUUUGACGGAAGGGGUUGGUUGGGCUUCGAGACGAUCAGACAGACGGUGGAGCCACUUGGUGCAGAGACCACGAAUAUCUACCUUCAGGAGUUCCCUUUUAUUGGUCAGAUGUCCCGGACGACGAUACGCGAUGCCUCAGAUCCCAGUCGAACGUUGAAGGACUUGACGUAUGAUUUGAAGUCUUUCCCCGCAAACGGCGGCGCUAAUUGCUAUACCACGAUGCCCGUCGCUCAUCAAACGUUCUAUGAGGGUGGCUCUCAGGCGUUCAUGGUUGACGUCACCCACGACUACGAUUCCUACGCGAACAUCGUCAAGACCGUGAUCGCAGUUACAGGGAAGCCAGCAUUGACACUGACUCAGACCUACUCCAACGAUGAAUCGCAGUGGCUCAUUGGGACCAAGCUCUCGGAAUUGGUUACUUCUGACGGUAUCACCGUGAAGCAGUCCAAGUUCGCCUACCUUGCGGGGACGCAGACCAUCAAUCAUGUCGACCAAUGGGUAGCGGGAACGCAAUGGUCAUCCCAAGAUCUCUCUUUGGACGCCGUGGGCAAUGUGACGACAAUGAAAGGUCCCGGACCAGCAUACAAGACUCUCAGCUACGAUGAUACGUACUCCUUCCCUACAACAGUAACAUCUGCCGUCGACAGCCAGAGGUCUCUUACUACAAAAGCGACCUACGAUCUCAGUACUGGACAAGUCGCGUCUGUCAUCGAUAGCAGCGGAUUCAUAAAAGCCCAGAAGUACGACGUGCUCGGUCGACCUGUCGAGUUUUCCGAAGGAAACGCGUCAUCGAGCUUGGUCGUCAUCGAAAAGCGGCAGUAUACUACCCUUGACAGUCAGCCUGUUUGUAUCAGACAAACACUAUGCGAUUUCUCUUCCGACUCUUGGACCAAGGAGACAGCGUAUUUGGACGGACUUCAGAGACAGUGGAAGACCGCCGUGCCGAGCCCAUCUGACCCAUCAAUCACGAUCUGUAACGAGAUUCGAUACGAUGGUGCCGGUAGAAAGACAAGGCAAUACAGGAGCUAUAGGAGCGACAACACGAAUCCCGAGUACACUGAAACCACCUUCGACAGCAUGUCUCGGAAGAUCAAAGUUGUCUCGCCUGCGGCUAUUGGAGGUGCUGACUCGGUGACGUCCACAUAUCAGUACAGCUACGUCAAUGGCCAAAUUAUCAGCGCGGAGACGAGAUCUGGAGGCGGAGAGGGCAGUACGACUGUGCUGAAUGCUGUUGAGUAUUUCCCAAACCCCGAUUCUUCCGCGAAGGAGUUUGUCAAACCGCUCGCUGUGAGCUCCAUCGAUGAGCUUGAUAGGCAGAUACAAACAUCGUAUGACCCCAUGCAUCGUGUGGUCGCUGUGACAGACCCUAGUGGCGUACAAGUGAUACAGCAAUGGGAUGCUUUGUCAAGACAGCUAGGUCGGCGGAUAACAAAUCCAAAAGGCAUAUCUCCUGACGUGAUCAGUCAGUUCUCGGUACAGUAUGACGACGCUACCAAUACCACCACCGUCCGGAACGAGCUCCUGCAGACAUCAGUUGUCGUAGAGAAGGACUUCAUGAACCGACCGACGAAGAAGACUGCUCCCGACGAGGUCCUCGCUUUCGUCUAUGAUACUGCGUCAGCUAACGCACUCGGCCGCCUUGCCGCAGUUACCUCCUCGAAAGGUACGGAAGAAUAUUAUACAUAUGAUGCUAGAGGCUGCCUGGCUACUUCUGCUUUGAACAUUGACGGCCAAUCCUUCGCAACAUCUUACGAGUAUACUCCCACCCGGCAGCUGAGCCGAACGAUCAAUCCUGACGGAUCUGAAGUUUCCAAGACGCUGUUCGCGAACAGCGAGACGGUGAACAAGGUCACGCUUACGGACGGCACUUCUAGCAAAUCCGCGUCCGUGGUAUUCAGCGAGUUCGAUGAUCCCUUCUUCUCUCCUCUCGUCUGUGAUAUCGGCAACGGUUUGAAGUCCCGAGUCACGCUCGCCGAUAACGGUGCUCCUCUCAAAGCAACUCUCUCCAAAGGCAAUUCUACCACGCCUUCCUACCAACAGUCUUGGAAGUUGAACGGUCGCGGCCGAGUCCAGGAGUAUGACGAUGACUUCACAGGUACUGAUAUCCGGGCAUAUAGCUACGACCUUGCAGGUCAACUUGUACAAGCUCAAGCGAGCGGAGGCGCUCAGCCUGCUGUCUUCUCAUACGACACUAGUGGAAACAUCGCCGCAAAAGACGAGAAACAACAUGUCAACGCGGGUUGGCAGCUUACAUCGAUUCUCGACUCGGUGACGAACAGCAUCUAUCGUACAUAUGAAUAUUCUCCCGAUGGAAACUUGACUUCCGAAAAGGAUGCCGAUGGCAAGGCUGUCCGCUCCAUGGCCUACGACACUGAAGGGAAAAUGCUCGAUUUGAAUGGGACCAAGUUCGUGUAUAAUUUCAACGGCCGUAUGCUCAAAGCGAUGCGCGCUGACGGGUCGAUUACGUACUAUCCGAGUGAAAGCUAUGAAGUCAAUGUCAGUGAUGGUGUAACCACGCAGACAUCGUACCUCCUCUUCCAGCAUCGUCGCGCGAGUAUCAGCACGACUGUGCAAGAUGGCAAGCCGACAGGUACACCUACGGUGAAUUACUACCAUGGCGAUCAUCUGGGGAACAUCGUCGCAGUGUCGGACGAGGACGGGGAUGUUGUGACGACGUACAAGUACGAUGCUUUCGGCCAGGUUACCGUCACCGGACCGGACAUCUCCAGAUACAAAUAUAGCGGGAAAGAGAUCUUCGACGGUUUGUAUUACUUUGGUGCUCGAUUCUAUGACCCUGCGACUGGUCGCUUUGUAACGCUAGACAACAUCACGAUUUCGCUAUUGGACAUCACCGCGUCGAAGUUCAACCAGUACACGUUCUCCCAGAAUAAUCCUGUCAACUUCAUCGACAUCAACGGCAACUUGUCUUUCUGGUGGCAUCUUGUGUGGCAUCUGGCCGUUGAUGUAGCUUUAUUGGCCGCAGGAGUGUUGGCAACCGUCUUCUUGCCUGAAGUACCAAUCCUUGCCGAGAUGGCCUUCGGUGCCGCACUCAGCGGAUUCAUGUACGAUGGCGAAGCGCUCUGGAAUGCAGCCGUGAAUGGCAAGCAGGAGCUCAACGACGCUGCAUGGGGUGUCGCACUUGGUGUAGGUGCAGUGUCGAGCGUGACGGGGUUCCUCGGAAGCACUGCGGCGAGCAAGGCGGGCUUCGCGGCGAUCGAGGCCGCAGACCUUCUUGGUGCACGCGUGGGCGGCAAAUUCGUAGGCCAGGAAGUGCUACAGCUCGCGAAACGCGGUGCGGUACAGUUGGCUGUGGCAGGUAUCAACGGUGCCGUCGCAAGUGCCACACAGCAAGUACUCACAAACGUAGUAACCGGUCAGAAGGAUGUUUGGGAUGGCGUGGGCAUGUCUACUCUUACUGGCGCGGGUGGAGGCAUUGCAGGUGGAGCGUUCAAGAACUUUGCCAAGUCCAGUGCUAAGGCACUGACAAACCGAACUGAAAGCGAGUUCUUCUACAGUUUGUUGGACGGCAAGUCGACACUGCCAUACAACGUGUCCACAGAGGUCCAGGGCAUACGGAUGCUCUCUUCGCGCAUACUGGAUGCCGUGGAUGUGUUACCGCUGCAAAACUUUUCGCGUUCUAGUGGUGGACAACCCAUUCCGCAGCCGAACCUCGCUCCGACCAAUGUUCUUCUCGCAGCACCACAAUCCAACUUCUUCUAA